AAUAAAUAAAUAAAAAUCAUUUGUAAGAGAGGAUUAUUUAGAUGUAAGUCAUGUAACACUAACUAGUGUAUAACGAAUUAAAACAUGUGUUCUCACAUUAUUAAAUCGAUCUUCUUAGGAUUAAUUAAGCAUGCAUAUUAAACUAGGACGAUUUGAUAAUUGUUCUUGUUGAGAUUCGACAGCCCAUAUCCGAGGUCCGUGAAGACCCUACCGUCCAGCUAAGCACCUACACAUGAAAUGAGGAUUAGCUAACCUCAGGGUGAAUCCGGGGACCACUUUGAUGGUAAAGUUAGAAACUGUUUUAAGAGAAAGAAGAGAUGAUAUAUGAAGAGAGAGAAAGAAGGAGAUAGAGGAGAAAAUAAAUGCUACCUUUUAAUUAGGAUAAGCUCACCUAUUUAUAAUGACUUCAACUGUCAAGUUGUUGUAUGCCAUGCAAACCACUUUAUAUAUGCCAAGUGUUGAUUAAUUGACGCCACGUGCUAAUGUUCAAGAGGCCGAUAUCUAUGCCGUUAUGGGAUCUUACCAAUAUGAGUUUUAUGACUAAAAACCCGGCCCGUACCCGUUUAGCCUGUGAACCAAUAAAUAUCGGCAUUUUACAAGUUAUCGGUAUCUCCCCAUACAAUAAUGUAACAAUUUGUUUGUAGUUAUUUAUUGGAUUGACAAAGAUUUGAUUGAGGAAAUAAAAACAAGUUAAUUAAUAGAUCGAGUCUAACAAUAAUUACAUUAGUAUGAAGAACGACAGAAAAUUUAUAAUUUUCAUUUCAUAUCAUUAUGUCAUACAUAGAGUAUUAUGCUAUAUUGUAUUCAUUAAACAAUGUUUAGUCAAGAUUACAAUAAUUAUGAUUUUCUCUACUUAAUCACAGCUUUAUAUUAUACUAAACCCUACUAUUUUUAAAAGUUCACCAAACUAACUAACACAUUGUUUAGGUACGUAGCUAAGCUAGGCAAUAUAAAGAGUUCAAACUCAACACAUCAACUAAUAAAUUUCUUAAAAAUGGAAGAUCAUCUAACAAAAAGUAUUACUCAUAGUAAUAAUAUCACAACAAUAUCACCCCAUGUAGUGAUCUUUCCAUUACCAAUCCAAGGUCCAAUCAACUGUAUGCUCAAACUAGCCAAUCUCAUCCUCUCCCUCAGCCCCGCCACCGUCUCCGUCACCUUCGUCACCACCGAUUUCAUCCACCGCCGCCUACUACUCCACUCUAACACGGCUGCCCGCCUAGCACAUGACUAUAGGCCUCGCUUUCGCUUUGAGACGGUCCAUGAUGGGUUUGGACCCGAUGAGAACCCUCGUAAUGUUUCCUUGUUGACUAUGUCCCUAGAGGCUCAAGCCCAAGCUGAGGGUAGCCGGCUCAGGGAGGUGUUGGGUUUCGGGUCGGCCGAAGAUGAGAUGAAGAAACCGGUGAGUUGUAUUAUUGCAGAAGGGUUGUAUGGGUGCAUGGUGGAUGUUGCUAAAGAGUUGAGGGUGCCUCUUGUUUAUUUUGAUACUUGUAGUCCUUGUUGCCUUUGGACUUACUUUUGUAUUCCUAAUUUGCUUAAGGUUGUUGACCUUCCUUUCCAAGAUGAUGAAGAAGGCUUAGAUGCAUCAAUAACAAGUGUACCGGGAAUGGAAACUUACCUAAGGCGCCGAGAUCUUCCGAGCUUCUGCCAUGCUUAUGAUCCCAACAACCCUGUUAUCCAACUAGUACUUAAGGAAGCUCAAGAAUUUCCAAAAGCUCAAGGGCAUAUAUUGAACACCUUUGAUGAACUUGAAGGCGACUAUUUUGCUCACAUUCGAGCAUUAUGUCCUAAUCUAUACAACAUUGGACCCCUUCACUUAAACCUUAAGUCUAGGAUCCAACAAGAAACAACCAAAUCUAUUUCAAAUAGUUUAUGGCAAGAAGAUAGAAGUUGUUUAGCAUGGCUUGAUGCUCAACCCCCAAAAUCGGUCCUUUUCGUGAGCAUUGGAAGCCUUGCAUCCAUGACAAAGGACCAACUCAUGGAGAUUUGGCAUGGUUUGAUUAAUAGCAAGUCUAGGUUUCUAUGGGUUAGAAGGCCUGGAUCAAUAAUCAACAAGGACGAAGACACGAGUCAGGAUGACUUAGAGAUGAUUCCUGAUGAUUUAGUAGAGGGUACAAAGAAAAGAGGGUGUAUUGUAAGUUGGGCACCACAAGAAGAGGUCUUAGCACAUGGUGCAAUUGGUGGGUUUUUAACACAUUGUGGUUGGAACUCGACUUUAGAGAGUAUUGUUGAGGGUGUGCCAAUGAUUUGUUGGCCAUUCUACGUCGAUCAACAAGUAAAUAGUAGGGUUGUAAGCGAGGUUUGGAAGAUUGGACUAGACAUGAAUAAGGAUAAUUGUACUAGAGUUGUGGUAGAAGAGUUGAUCAAAGAACUUAUGGAGACUCGUAGAGACGAGUUUUCGAAAAGGGCUGAUAAAAUGGCUAAGUUAGCUGCCCAAGCUGUGGCUGAAGAUGGAUCUUCCUAUAAUAGUUUGAAUCAUUUAAUAGAUGACAUUGUGUCCAUGAGAUUUUCUAUAUAAAACAAUGCUCUCCAAGACUGAAUAACAGCAAACUAAUUAAGCAAGUUCAUCAAUGUAGAAGUUGCUUAAAAUUUGCUCAUAAUUUCAUAAUUAGCUUUUAUGUAUUCAAUCUUUCUUUUAAUGUGUGAUGUACUUCAAUUUUGCCUACAAGAUGAUAAAAAACAAGUGUACGUUACUUGUAACUUCAUAAUAAAGGAUGGAUGUUAUAUCAAAGGCAAUAUUUUUGUUGGAAUGAGUUGGCUGAGACGAAGUUAUCAUGCA